UUGUAUUGCAGAUAUCAUUCCAUGUACCAUUGGGAUGGAUUUGUCAACCGAAGUGAAAUCUCCCCCUUGUGUUUCUUCAGUCGAUUAUACUGUAGUACAUCCUCUUACAUCUGUUAUGGAUACCACAGAUAGUUCUGUUAAGCUACAAAACACACACCCUUCACAUGCACAUCAUCAUUACAAUCUUAGUCGAGCAAUGUUCUUAAGACGGUCAUGUCAUAAAUAUGGAAAUCGUUACUCUUGGCGAAACUCAGGUUGUCAUGCUGAUACAUUAAGCACACUUUGCAAGGGUGCUUCUCCAUUGUGUGACGAGAAACUCUCUUUCAAGUUUGCUAGUCGAUGCAGCUCCGAGUCUGGAUAUCAUGGAGAUAGAAGGCCUUUCCACAGGCCAGAAAGAAUAAGUUCCAUUCCCUUGGCAAUGACUGCAUUAUCACCCGAUGCAGUUAAGAUGGUGUGUGGCAUAUGUCUGAAGCUGUUAAGGCAUAAAGCUUAUGCUUUGGGUAACCCACUGUUGUCUAGUGAUCUGUCUGUUGCUGCAAUUUUAGUUUGUGGUCACGUUUAUCAUGCAGACUGCUUGGAGCAGAGAACUUCUGAGGCAGACAGAUGGGAUCCCCCAUGUCCAUUGUGUGUUGAAUGGCCAUCGAAGGUGGAUGCCUCAAGAGGCCAAGAAUGAAUUGUACAGAUGGAUUUACCUUUUUCCAGGUUUCUGAUUCUUAGAUUGUUACAGUGCUGUCUAUCUGGGGUUCACUUAGAGAAGAGUUU